AUGAAUUUCUCCUUCUCUUUUCGCCUCCCAGAAUUUAAGGAAGCGUUUUCCCUCUUCGACCGGACCCCGAAAUCGGAGAUGAAAAUCACUUAUGCCCAGUGUGGGGAUGUCCUGAGAGCUCUGGGGCAGAACCCCACCCAGGCUGAGGUCAUGAAACUGCUGGGCAGACCCAAACCAGAAGAGAUGAACUCCAAGAUGAUUGACUUCGAGACCUUCCUGCCCAUGCUGCAGCACAUCGCCAAGACCAAGGACACGGGCACCUACGAGGACUUCGUGGAGGGGCUGCGGGUCUUCGACAAGGAGGGCAACGGGACGGUCAUGGGGGCCGAGCUGCGCCACGUCCUGGCUACCCUGGGGGAGCGGCUGACGGAGGAGGAGGUCGAUAAACUCAUGGCUGGGCAGGAAGACGCCAACGGUUGCAUCAACUACGAAGCUUUUGUGAAACACAUCAUGGCAAACUGAAUUCCAGG